AUGGUUGAAAAUAACAUGCAUUCACCAUCAAGCAAGUCAGCUACUACAAAUGAAGUUAAAAAGGCGUUAACUAAAUUCCCCGCUAAAGAUCUUCCUCCACCAACUAUUGAACAAACUCCAACACGAUUUUUAGCUGCAUGUUCAAAACAUGACUUGGAACCAAAUCCAUUCGAACAGAGUUUUUCCGGAGUUAAUCCCCUUUCAGAAAGUUCCGGAACGAAUAGUCCAAAGCCUAGUUUACCACCAGUUGCACAACUUGAAAGCCCAUCAGCUGGUAUCACUACUAAUGAGGAUCAAUAUGGUUGGAAUUUACAGUCACUGCGAAGUGGGCCAUUAUCACCUUCCAUGUUAGCGGGACCGCAAGAUUCAAUGAUGUUUGAUGACAUAAGAGCUGGACGAACAGGAACCACCCCACUUCCUUAUGGCUCAUUCCCAGAUCCAUCACCUCGAACGGCCGCACUUUUUGGAACGCAAAAUUCAAGUUUGUCCUCGUCAUUCAUGAAUGUGAUGACAUUGUCAAAUGCCGCAAAUGCUACAGAUCCUUUUGGUCGUAAUGUUUUCGCUCAGAACGUUCAAAAACCACUUACAGAUUCAGAUCGUAAAACAAUCUCGGAUUCCGUUACUUCCGUCUCGGGCGCUUCCACGUCACAACCUGGCGUUUUACAAUCUGGGGUGAACGCAACGAAUUUGCUUGGUAUAACUAAUGGUUCUAACACGGUUGCGCCUUCCGCUAGCGUAAUGGUAACGAAUCCACUUGGUCAGACAGUGAUGGUUGCAAAUCCUGCGCUUAAUCGAAAUAUGUUGGCUUCGAAUCAACAAGAUACCAUAAAUCGAAAUGUAUCCAUGAUGUCAGAUACGAUCAUGCCAAAAACCGAAAAUGAUGAUUUUACAGAUUCUGCGAUCAUAUUAAAUAAUGGAACACAUUCUAAUGGGAUAAGUUCGAAUAUAUCGCAUCAUAAAGGAUCCGUUCUUACUGCUGAAGAUAGUUUGAUUUCCGAACAACCUCCCUCAAAGAAAAAUGGACAAAAAUCUAAGAGUGAUAUGACGGACGAAGAAAAGCGAAGGAACUUUUUGGAAAGAAAUCGUCAAGCUGCACUUAAAUGCCGUCAACGUAAGAAACAAUGGCUCGCUAACUUACAGGCUAAGGUUGAAUAUCUUACGAACGACAAUGAGACUUUGCAGAAUCAGGCACAAAGUUUACGUGAAGAAAUUCUUAAUUUAAAAACAUUAUUACUUGCACAUAAAGAUUGUCCGAUUGCUCAAGCUAAUGGAGUUAUGGGAUUAGAAUCAAUACAACCCACUGUUGGAGGAAUGGCACAAAAUUUAUCUGGAAUGAAUGUUGGACAUAAUGGAAUUCCAAUUGGAAUGGUUCCAGGUAAUAUGCAAGGAGGCAUUCCAGUCACAAACGUUCAAGGAACAAUGGGAAUGACAAAUGUUCAAGUCCCUCAACACAUGUCAAAUCAUGUAAAUGGACCACCAGGUUCUGGAAUGAUGAGAUAUUAA